UUUCCCGAAAACUUCCGUCGCCUGGUGUAAACAUCCGGUAUAGAAUUUGUUGAUACAUGCCCAAGAAUUUUCUGGAAAUAAAGCACAUCUGGAACAGUUUUCGUGCACAGGCAUCACUGUAAAUUAGAGGUAUAAACAUGGUUAAGUUAUCAAUCAAGAAAGGAGAUGAGCCACAGUUCCUAUAUGAAACAACAGUAGAAGCUACGGUCGAUGAUACUCUGGCAGAGGUAGCUACUAUAUAUAAUGGAAGGCUUAAAGUUCAGAGAUUGUGUGCAGAAAUAGAGGACUUGGCUGAACAUGGAAUAACUCUGCCACCCAACAUGCAGGGCCUCACAGAUGAACAGGUGAUUGAACUCAAACUGAAAGAUGAAUGGGCAGAGAAGUGUACUCCACAAGGAGGAGUCAGAGUGAAUGAAGAUAAAGUUGGCAGAAGAAAUGGACAAGCUCCUGCUGAGAAGAUGGCUGAAGUCCUGAAGAAAACAUGUGCAGAGGCAAAGGAUAUGAUCUCAAAGAAAAAGGUACAGGCCAAUGAAAUGGUGACACAAAAGACUGUUACAGAAGCCCUGGAUAUCCUAAGAGGGGCUGUAACUAUUGUAUACCCAAUGGGAUUACCUCCCCAUGAUAAUAUCAAAAUGGAAUUUGAUAACAAUGAAGAUCUGACUGGAACGCAAGCUUCACUAGAUGUUAUUGAAGAACAAAACGCUGCUCUGUGGUUCUCAGGCAAAGAAAUGUUGAGGGGUAAACAGCUUAAAGAUUUUGUUGGCAAAAAUGAAAAAACAAAAGUGAUAGCCAAACUUCAAAAGAAAGGUCAAGGUUGUCCAUCCCGAGAACCAGUGGUGAACGAGCAACAACAGAAGGAAAUGAUGGCAUACUACUACAAGAAACAAGAGGAAAUGAAGAAACUGGAGAAGGAAGCAGAAGAUGCCUACCUUGAUUCAGACUGGGCAGAUAGCCAAGCAUUGAAGAGAAACUUCCAUGGACUUAAAGACAUUAAAUGGGGGCCACGGUGACACGCCCAACAUCGGUUCAAUUAACCAUCAGUAUUGUGAUAUUCAUUGUAAAUUAUUUCAUUGUGUCAUUGUGAAAUUUAAGUCUAAAAGAUGUGUAAUAAUAACUGUUUCAGGGAUGUUUAAAAAUUUAAUUAUUUAAAGAUCAGAGGAGAGUUAAAUUCUAGGAACAAUAAUAGAAGGGAGAUAAUGAGAACACUGCUUUCAUAUGGUGAUACAUAGGGUAACUGUGUUUUUGCUUUAUGUCUGAAAAGAUCAAGGGAAAGAACAUUUUGUAAAGACACUGAGGUAAAGCUUGUAAAACAGUUACUAUAUUCUAGAUGCAUGUUCUAAUUACUAAUAUAUAUUUUGCAUUACUUCAAAAGAAACUGUCAGUCGGAGGAUUCUUUGUAGACUUUUACUGAGAAGAAAAUGGAUACCAUUUUUUAAUGUGCUGCUUAUAAUGCUCUUACAAUAAAAAAAAGUACCUUAUUCAGUUUGUGUGUACAGGACUGGCUGAUAGGUUGUUGACAGAUUUUAUUAUGUACUGUUUUCCUUGUUAUACCAGCAGUUCAACAGCACAAUAUGCAAAAACAAAGUCUGUCCUUGCUCUAUUUUAUUUUAUUUUUUUUUUGUAUUAAUUUUUAUAGUGUGAUAAUGCCUAAACAUAAGAAAAAAUUUAUGACAAGAUCUGAAAUACAAA